CAUUUCUUAUUUUUAAUACGCUCUUAAAUCGCAUCCCCGCUUCUACUUGGACACACAGUUAUUUUUUGUUUAUUAGUUGGAAUACAUUCUCUAGAGGUAAAACUGCUCAUGCAACUUUUUUCAUCAUUUUGUUGAAUAUAUCUUUGAGUACAAGUUAAAUAAACAGCCGGAAAUAUGGCGGAUCUUUGUCCAGGACUUCUAUGGGCUGUAAUUUGGUUUUUUGGUUUAAUUUUUGUGGGCUGGCCAAUUGGAUUUUUACUAGCCUGGUUGUACGUAUGUUUGUUACCUUUCGGAGCUUGCAUUGAAGCUAUGAAAGGAGCAGCGGAGGCUGUUCUUGGUAUUGUUCAGUUACCUCUAACUUUUGCUGACAACAUGGUGAACAUGAAGCCCUGUGGAAAGUAAAUCGAUCUGGUUACCAGAGGCUUUAAAAAAAUACUAAAAAAAACCUUGUAUUCAAACAAAUCACUGUAUUCAAACAAAACAAAAAUGUACAAUUGUUUUGAAGAAGUUUUUUGUAAGUUCAAGUUUUAUUAUUUUAUUAAUAUAAAUAUCAUUAAGUGGUCAUGGGAGAUUUCAUCCGAAACCAUCUCUCAACCGAGAUUAAUCAUUCAGUCGAAAUAUCUAAGAAAUAAUAGUCGAUAUAAUUUUUUUCUUUAAUCGUAAUUAUUUUGGGUGAUUUGGGACGAAAUCUUCAGAUACCAUUGCUACAUAUCGCAAAAAACGUACUAAAAAAAAGUCAAUUACUAUGAUAAGACCGAAUUUGAAUUAUUAUUUAAAUAAUAAAUAGAAAAUAUAUUAAUCCAAUUCUGGUCUAGUUAAUGUUGACUUUUUACAAUAAUUAAUUAAUUCAAUAUAAUAUUGAAUACUCUUUUUAUUGAUAUGAUUUAAAUAAGGCUUAGACAAUAGUCAAAUCAAUCAUUAGUAAUCGUGCUAUUGUUAUUUUUAUAAAAAUAAUGGAUUAAACAAUGAUGUUGACAAUAUGUUUUAUUUGAUAACGUGAUUGAACCUAA